AUGUUGAGCAAACCUGUUAGUGCGGAUCUCAAGUAUUACAAUUUGGUAAGACCGGCCCUGCUGAUUCGACGAGCGUUAUACCGGUCGAUUUUGUUUGUGCCUAGAAAACCACAGCUUACCCCCCGGGAGCAAAGCAAACAAGCAGGCGGUGUCAUCCAGGGGCAAGGCCGAGCCAACGACUCAAGGCCGUACAGGAGGCUAACCCUGCGUUAUGUUGCUGCUGCAUGGACGGCCCCCUCUCCCCCACACGUACAAAACGUCGAGCCGGGUGUAGAUGCGGACGAUCUUGGGCUUAGCAUCGAUGCCUGCACAUCAGACCGAGGUCACGAGACAAGGGAAUCAUCCUCUUUUCCAGGCCUGUCCACCGGGUAG